GAUGCUGUCCCCUGGUCCCCCUGUCCCUGACCUGGUCUCCUGUCCCCGACUCGGUCUCCUGUCCCCGACCCGGUCUCCUGUCCCCGACCCGGUCCCCUGUCCCCGACCCGGUCUCCUGUCCCCGACCCGGUCCCCUGUCCCCGACCCGGUCUCCUGUCCCCGACCCGGUCCCCUGUCCCCGACCCGGUCACCUGUCCCCGACCCGGUCUCCUGUCCCCGACCCGGUCCCCUGUCCCCGACCCGGUCUCCUGUCCCCGACCCGGUCCCCUGUCCCCGACCCGGUCUCCUGUCCCCGACCCGGUCUCCUGUCCCCGACCCGGUCCCCUGUCCCCGACACGGUCUCCUGUCCCCGACCCGGUCCCCUGUCCCCGACCCGGUCCCCUGUCCCCGACCCGGUCUCCUGUCCCUCUGCUCCUCGUCCGUCUCACGGUCACAGUCCUAACGCAGCCUGUGU